AUGUAUUGCAAAAUUGAAACUGAACGUUUACAAUUCAUACGCCGUGAACAGAAAGCUCUACGAACUGAUUCCUACAAGGACCUGCGUGACUCCAUCCUUGGCACAGAUGCCGACCCAUCCAAUGAACAAGAGGCAUACGUCAACCAUUCUGAGAGCAAGUUAACCCAAGAACAAUGCGACAUCUACGAUCAAUUGUUAACUCUCAUCAACAGCCUUACAGCAUCCAGAGAAAUAAACAUCUUAUUCCUCGAUGCACCUGGAGGAACGGGGAAAACCUUCCUCCUGAACCUGUUACUUGCCAAAAUACGUGCUACAGGAGCUCUGGCAAUAUCCACCGCAUCCAGUGGAAUAGCAGCAACAUUAUUAACUGGAGGUCGUACUCUACACUCAAUGUUCAAGGUUCCCUUGGAUGUUCAACACAUGGAUUCGCCUACAUGUGCAAUAAAGAAAGGUACAACACUCUCCAAAAUCAUCAACGAUUGCAAACUCAUCUUAGUCGACGAAGCACCCAUGGCACAUCGUGCAGUGUAUGAAGCGAUAGAUCGUUCAAUACGUGACAUCAAAGGCAUAGACAAACUAUUCGGUGUAAUACCAACAAUACUCUGUGGUGACUUUCGACAAAUACUUCCAGUGGUGAAGAAUGGAACUCGCGCCAAUGUCACUGAUGCCACCCUCAUCAAGUCACACCUAUGGAACAACGUCAAAGUCCUACAUCUCCACACCAACAUGCGAGCCAAACUCAGCAACGACAAGGAAGCUGAAAUGUUCGCAUCCAUGCUAAUGUCCAUAGGAAAUGGCCAAUAUCCCAUCACUACAGAACCAGACAGUAUCACCCUGCCACCAAAGAUAACAAGAACUAAUACUGCCGACCAGCUGGUAAAGAUCCAGGAAAAUGCAACCAAACCUACAUGGCUUUUAGAACGAACCAUCCUUGCACCCCUCAACGAAACAGUCAACAACAUCAAUGCAGACGUCAUAAACGCCUUCUGUUACUACUCUGUUAUCCAUCACUUGACUCAACAACCACGCCAGAAGAAGCCGUUCACUUUCCUACAGAAUUUCUCAACACCAUUGAGAUUUCAGGUCUCCCACCACACAAACUGA